GAGUAAUUUCAGAGCUUACAUUCCAUUUGCAAAAGUGAUUUGAAAACUUUCAGAUACUAACACACUGUAAUUCAGCAGCUUUCCUGAAACAUUGGCCAUACAUUGAUGCCUGCAGAGAUUCCACACAUGGGUUCUAACAGCCUGGUUCUGCCUCUGCAUCGUCCAUUACUUCCACCACUGCUAUCUGUGUUUGCUGUUUCUAGCAGCAUCUCUAACUGUUUCCUAACUCUGAUCCUCAAUUAUACCCUUUAUUACCUCUGUAUAGAAUCACAGAAUCAUUUUGGUUGGAAAAGACCUUGCAAGUCACACAAUCCAGCUGUAAUCCUAACACCGCCAAAUCCACCACUAAACCAUGGAUUUUGUGUCUCAUCCCUUUGUCACCCAGUUUCAUAGCAAUGACUUCGUAGUUUGAGUUCUUAUUGUCCUCCACAGAGCUGAUGGCCCACGUCUGAAGUGCACAUACUUGCUCCAUAGAAGUGUCCAUCAGACAUUAUAGGUGAUAUUUAUUGGCACCAGGCUUAUGAAAAUCUUCAAAUCUUCAUAUCAUACCAAUUCUCAUACUAUGUUUAAGUCUGGAAUCUGAAAAUAAAGCCCCACUGUUACCAUUUCCAAAGUCACUGAUGCCACAGAAUAGAGUUAUAUAUUAAUUUAUGGUGGAUUAUCCAUUCUCCAAAGGCAGUGAACCAGAAAUGCAGUCACUCAUACUCAGUGCUCUUUCCAUCUGCUCUAAACUUUCUCAGCAAUUGUGCCUUUCUUUUGGAAGCUAACUGCAGAAAAGAAAUCUGUGCUCUUGGGGGAAGUAAAGCCCACUAUGGAAUGUGAUGUGUGAUACUAAUGAGGAGCUACAAUUGCUCACAGAACUGGAGGGAGCCAGGAGGAGGGAAUACUUGCCAAUUAAGUACUAGGCAAGGUACAUGAGGAGGAGUUGUAAGAAGUCUCACCUGAUCACAAAUAACCUCUCCAGAUUCUCGCUUUUAUGAAGAAGGGUGAAGUACCAGAGAGCAAUUAUACUUUGCUGUUUUUUAUCAAGAACACUGAAGUAGCUUCUUUCUGCAAAGAAAGGGGUUUCUUCAAAACCCCUGUAUACCUGCUUUUGUGCCAUGAAGACUUUACUUGAAUUUCAAGCGUUGCGGUCCCCACGGAGCAUCCAGACACUUCGGAGGUUAUUCCACCAGUAUCACAAGACUUUUGCACCUUUGAAUUUCUCAGAUUAUGAAGCUAUCGGUCGCUGUGAAAAGCAAGUACCUGAGUACUUCAAUUUUGCAAGUGAUGUGCUGGACAAGUGGUCUCAAAUAGAAAAGGAACGAAAGGGACCAUCAAACCCAGCUCUGUGGUGGAUAAAUGGAAAAGGAGAUGAAAUUAAAUGGAGCUUUGGAGAGCUGGGCUUCCUGUCCCAAAAAGUGGCCAAUGUGCUCUCUGGACCCUGCAGUCUGCAAAGGGGAGACAGGGUUUUAGUGAUUCUACCCCGAAUCCCAGAGUGGUGGCUGCUGAACGUGGCUUGUAUCCGAACAGGUGUUAUCAUCAUCCCAGGGACAACACAACUGACAGCACAAGACAUUUGCUAUCGACUGCUGGCUUCGAAGGCCAAGUGCAUUAUUACAACUGAUGCUCUUGCUCCUGCAGUGGACUCAGUUGCAUCUAAGUGCCAGUUUCUGAAAACAAAGCUAAUUGUAUCUGAAAGCAGCAGGGCUGAGUGGCUGAACUUUAGUGAUUUGCUCAAGGCUGCCCCUGCUGUCCAUAACUGCGUGAAGACUAAAAGUCGGGAUCCAAUGGUAAUUUAUUUUACCAGUGGCACCACAGGCUCUCCCAAAAUGGUUGAACAUUCCUAUGGAAGCUUUGGUCUGGGUUUUUUCCUCUGUGGAAGGUACUGGAUGAAUCUGACUCCCUCAGACAUCAUGUGGAACAUAUCAGACCCUGCUUGGGUAAAGGGAGCUACCGGAAGCAUUUUUGGUCCAUGGUCCCAGGGCACAUGUGUUUUUGUACAUGCCAUGCCACAGUUUGAUCCAAGAGGAAUCUUAAAUACCUUGUGCAGAUACCCAGUGACCACUCUGUGCAGUGCCCCAACUGUCUCGAUGCUGGUACAGCACGACCUCAGCAGGUAUGCAUUCAAGACGCUGAGGCACUGUCUGACUGGAGGGGAACCACUGAACCCAGAAGUGAUGGCACAGUGGAAACGCCAAACAGGACUGACGAUCUAUGAAGGCUACGGCCAAACCGAAAUUGGAAUCAUAUGUGUAAAUAUGAAAGGAAUGAAAAUUAAGCCAGGUUCCUUGGGGAAGGCAGCUCCCCCCUACAAUGUUCAGAUUAUAGAUGGGAAUGGCAGUGUUCUGCCUCCUGGGGAAGAAGGAGACAUUGCUAUCAAAGUGGAUGCGAAGCGGCCAUUUACUUUUUUCACUCAAUAUGUGGGCGAUCCAGUGAAAACAGCUUCCACAAUCCGUGGGAACUUCUAUAUCACCGGAGACAGAGGGAGCAUGGAUGAGGAUGGAUACAUAUGGUUUAUGGGUAGAUCUGAUGAUGUCAUCAUCUCCUCUGGGUAUCGUAUCGGGCCAUUUGAAGUGGAGAGUGCCCUGAUAGAGCACCCAGCUGUGGCUGAGGCAGCUGUUGUAAGCAGCCCAGAUCCCAUCAGAGGGGAGGUGGUAAAAGCUUUCGUGGUCUUGUCUCCUUCUUUUAAGUCACAGGAUCCAAACAAACUGGCCUGUGAAUUGCAAGAGCAUGUCAAGAAAGUCACUGCUCCAUAUAAAUACCCCAGAAAGAUUGAAUUUGUCCAGCAGCUGCCAAAGACAAUCUCUGGGAAAAUCAGGCGGAAUGAACUGAGGAACAAGGAGUGGAGACAGAUUUAGUGUUGAUAAAUGGUUUAAAACAGCCUACCCCUAUCAGUGUCAUUCAUAAUGGAGCUCUUCUGUUACAACUGUAAACACCAAUACAGGAUUAUAUUUCACCUGUUAGGCAGUGAUUGUGCAAUAAUGCACAAAGUUUAAACACUCCAACUGUCUGGUUUUUAAAUGCUUGUGUUCUUGCCUAACAAAAACCAAGCAUCCUUAGCAAGGCAUGUGCAAACACAUCUUCCAGCCAUCUAACAUAAUUCAGAAUUACAGUACAAGUGAUUGUCAGGUGAAAGUGCAGUGUGUUCAUUCUUUGAGACUGGGUAUUUUAACUCACAAGAGGCUUAUUAAUGAGGAAAUCAUGACAGUAUGGAAUGAAGUUCCCAGAAAUGGCCACAGAUCUUGCAUGCAUCCAAAUUAAGCAGCCUGUUUGUAUGAACCUUGAAAGACUCGAGAUUUAGGAAUUAAUGUGUUAACAAUGGAUGUCCACUAAGUGCAAAUUAUGAAAAAUCAGAAGUAAACUGUAAGAUGUGUAGGCACACGAGUUAGUGAGAGAGAGAAGGAAAGUAAACAAAAAAUACCCCACUAACUACCCCUGAGUCUUUGUCCUUAGAAGAUGAAUAGGCUGUCAUGAAUCGAUCACCAACAUCAGCCACCAAUAAACAUUCACAGCUGGCCUUCCUA